AUGGACAACAGCAAACGCGGCCUUUUGUUGUUUUCGAUAGCUGCGUUAUUUACUCAAACACAUUCACUUGCUUACGACGAGCAUUGGUUAGCAGGCCCUACUACAAUAGAGCGGGAUGUGCCUUCAGCAAAACGAGCUGUAGAUAUUUAUUGCUACACAGGAACCUCAAAAAAACUGUUUGCACUUUGGCAAACAGUUCAGUUUCACAUAAAAAUACAAAAUGAUGAAUUCCAACAAUACUUUGGAUCUAGCCCAGAAGAGGUAUACAAAGAAUACACAAAGGACAAUGUUGGCCGGUCUGGUGUUCAGAAAACCGUGUCCGUCAGUCUGUUUGCUCCUACGUGUAUGGCUGUUAAAACUAAAGAGAGACACACUAUUGAAUUACAAGUUCUGAGAGUAGAUAUAUGGCGCGUACUUUUAAUGGCCAGUGGUAUCAUACUGAUAUCCUUAUCAAGAGCUUUGAGUAGAAAUACAUUGUUCUUCUACCUGUGUGGAAUAUUCGUAGGAGUGUUUGCAUCUUUUAUGGUCUUGGUGUACUAUAUCAGCAAACCAUUGCCAAGGAAAAAUUUAAUCUACGGGAUUUUGAUCAUGAUCAUGAUAUUUGAUCAUAAUUUGAUUCAGGAGAACAUUCACACUGUAGUCAUGACGUACCCAACCUUUACAUUCUGGUACAUAUUGGUGGUCAGCUUCGUUAGUUUCUUGGUGUGCUAUUGGAUAGGGAUAGAACCACCUAAAAAUAAGAAAAGCAAGAAUAUUGUCAUGUGGAUUUUGCAGGCGGUGGGAGUACUGAUGAUAUUCUUUAGCAGCGAAUAUGAAGAAGCUUCAGCGGCGGUCAUCAUAGCCAUGUUGGCAGCUAAAUACUUCCCUUAG